GACGUCAUCAAAUAUGGUGGAAAUAGUCUGCUGAAAUAUUAGCUUCGGAGGAAAAUAAUCCGUUUAUCCUUAAAAUUGGCGCAAAAACUUGGAACUUGGAAGUUUGGAGAUUCCAGACGAUUUGUGCAGGUGGUAGGCAGAACAUGGAGGCCCAAAAGGAAGCCUUGAGUAGGAUUGUCACCACCUUGGCUGCCAAGAGUGAGGAGAUCCAGAGCUUUGUGGAGAUUCUGGAAGAAAUUGCUGAGAAAGUAGAGGAAAAUGGUGCCCAGGCAAAGGCAGACCUUCAGGAGGAGUUUGACCAGCUGUACGCGGUGAUGAAUGAGAUGAGAGACACCAUGACAGCCAGGAUAGAGGACGAACAGCACAGCAAGAUGAUGGCUGUAGAGACUGACAUGCAGGCCUGUCAGAUGGCGCUGGAUAACUCCACCCAACUGAUGGACAUGGCAGCCGACGCCUUACAGGAGACUGACCCAGAUGCCUUCAGUCAGGCCGCAAAACGCAUCAAGGAUAGAGUGACCAUGUCCCCUGCCUUCCGUCUGACCUUGAAACCCAAGGUCACAGACAACAUGUCCCACCUGGUCGCAGACUUCACAGAGGAGAGGGAAGCUCUGAGAAAACUAGACUUUCUGCCUGCUCCUGCCACUCCUGAGAUUGAUACAGAAGCCUGUCGGGUGGAAGACAACACAGUAACAGUCGUCUGGAGAGUUCCUGAGGGGAGCAGGGUCGACCACUUCUUACUGGAGUACAGACAGACAGACACAGCUGCCAUGGGUGGGAGGGCAAAGGUGGAAAAUGGCUGGCAACUAAUAGAAGACAUAGAAGAGCCUUUCUACACGAUUCUGGGUCUGGCGUUUAACCAGAAGUUCAUCCAACUCCGAGCGAGGGCCUGUAACAAGGCUGUGGCUGGAGACUACAGUGAGGUGGUCACAUUAGAGACAAAAGCCUUGAACUUCAAACUUGACCAGACGUCCUGCCACGCUAACCUCAAGGUCACAGAAGACGGGUCCUCUGUGGAGUGGGACGCCAUGGGGGGCAAAGGUCAACUUCAGGAAACCAAGGGCAGAGGCAGUAGACCGGGGUCUCCAGCCAAGACCAUGCGGCCGGCCUCUCCUGCCAAGUCACCUGCGAAGCGGCCUGCCUCGGCUAGCAAGAGGGGAGACCGCUUCACGGGCGAGUCUUACACAGUACUGGCUGAUGUGACGUUAGACGAGGGACAGCAUUACUGGGAGGUGACAGCCCAGCCUGAGUGUAAGUCCUACACCCUGGGCGUGGCCUACAGAAACCUGGGCAAGUUUGACCAGCUCGGGAAAACUAACACAUCCUGGUGCCUCCAUGUCAACAACUGGUUACAGAACACCAUGUCAGCGAAACACAACAACAAGUCCAAACAGCUUGACGUGCCCAUCCCAGAGAGAAUAGGGGUGUAUCUGGACUAUGACAACCUGGUCCUGUCCUUCCACGAUGCUCAGACCAAACAACUACUCCACCAGUUCAAGGCCAAGUUUCAGCAGCCCGUCCUCCCUGCCUUCAUGACCUGGUGUGGAGGGUUGACCGUACAGACUGGACUGCAGGUCCCAAGUAACCUGGAGUUUAAGACAGUCCAGGAGUCUAAGAAAGUGUCCCCGGCCUCGUCAGAGCUGUCUGUGUUAGAAUAAUGUUGAUAGCGUUUCUUUGCAAUGCUUUUUAGGUACGAAAAUACAUGUAGUUUUAUCAGGUUGGUAGAACAUGGGAUGGUGGGAUUUUCUUACACAAAACCAGCACUUCUCUCACCUUGCUUGAAGGAGAUUCAAACUUGGGAUUGCCCUAUAGGCUAUAGCCAGUAGCAGGCUUAUAGAACUGGGGAUUUGGUGGUCUUCGGCUGUUUUCUGAUUAGUCCAAUUCUAAACCAGG